AGUGCAUCAAAUGCAUCAGCACAUGAACAAUUUCACCAUGAAAUGAUGGCAGCAUCCGCCAGCGGCGCUGGGCCGUACCACCAGCUGCAGGUCCCACAGAAGGAGGGCGGCGCUGGGCCGUACCACCAGCUGCAGGUCCCACAGAGAGAGGCGAAGCAGAUUUGAAGCAGCAAGGUUGGAUUCAAAUCGCGGGAUGACACGGGAUUGGGCGAGAUGCUCCCUUGAACUUCGCAUGCGCGAAACAGUUGACGACGACCGACAGAAGAGGUGUUUGCAGCCGGCCAGUCCAAGAAACACAAGAAUGACGUCCACGCCUUGAUGAGCAACUGUUGGACUCUAUGUGGCGCUUCCAUACCUCAUCCCACUGUGACCGCUCGUGAGGGAUGGACAACCUGGAGGAAGACCUGACGUGCUCGGUGUGCUACGCGCUGUUCACGGACCCGCGCGUGCUGCCCUGCUCGCACACCUUCUGCAAGUGCUGCCUGGAGAGCGUGCUGCAGGUGUCCAGCAACUACUCCAUCUGGCGCCCGCUGCGUCUGCCUCUCAAGUGCCCCAACUGCCGCAGCGUGGUGGAGCUGCCGCCCACCGGCGUGGACGCGCUGCCCAUCAACGUGUCGCUGCGCGCCAUCAUCGAGAAGUUCCAGCGGGACGGAGGGCCGCACGGCCGGCCGCCCACCUGCCCCGAGCACCCGCGCCAGCCGCUCAACGUCUACUGCGUGCAGGACCGCGCGCUCAUCUGCGGCUUCUGCCUGACCGUCGGCCGCCACCAGGGCCACGCCAUCGACGACCUGCAGGCGGCGUACGUGCGCGAGCGCGACGCCCCCGAGCAGCUCGUCCAGCAGCUGACGGACACGCGCUGGGCCGAGGUGUGCGCGCUGGCGGAGAGGCUGGAGCAGGAGAAGGCGCGCGGGGAGGGUCUGGUGCGGCAGGACCGCGAGGCCGUCGGCCAGUUCUUCCAGGGCGUGCAGAGGCUCCUGGAGCGCAAGCGGGACGAGUAUAUGGCAGCGCUGGACGCGGCGAGCGCCGAGCUGGCGCGCAGCUACGACCCGCUCAUCGAGAAGCUGAAGGACAUGCAGGAGGAGCAGCUCAGCCUCAUCUCGCUCGGCUCCGCCGUGCAGGACGAGGAGUCGCCGCUCGCCUUCCUGGAGAAGGUGCACCUGUUCCGCGCACGCGUCUCCUCCCUCACCCAGACCCCCAUGCCCCAGGUGGUGCCGCUCUACAUCGCCCCCCGGGCCGGGGACUUCCUGCGCGAGCACUGGGCCAAGGUCACCAUCGGAGGCCUGGAGCAGGGUCCUGUACCCAAGGUGGCCUGUCACACCAGGGGCUGCCUGGGGAAGCCCGCCCCUCCCGCUGGCCUCUCCCGCGCCUGGCCGGACCCCCGGCAGCGUCCCCUCCCCCUCUUCGCCCUGCUGGUGCUGUUGGUGGCGGCGGGGCUGCACCUGGAUCCGUUUGGAAUGGCGUCUUUGGGGCUCUCCGUGGUCGCCCCGCUCGGCGAGCUCCUCCAGAGCCUGGCUGACCAACUCGUCUGGCCCUUUGACGUCCAGGGACUGCUGGAGGAGCUGGUCUCGAACGUCUGUGCAAGUGUCUUCUCCCUGGCCGACAAAACGUACCAACACUUUGCCUUUUUCCUCCAGGCUUCGCAGUAACAGUGCCCAAGAACAUGCAGUGCUUUUUCUUUUUGCUUUGUGUGGAGCGUGGGGUCUGGGUUGCCGUGAUGCAGAUAGAAUAAUAUAUGUACUGUUGGUUUCAGGAAACAAAAGGUUGAAAUGGAUCGCAACAUCAGGUCGAGACACAAGACUGCUUUGAAACUUGCCAAACCAUGAAGUCUUCUUAAGAGAACACGUGACCAAGUCUGAGGCAAUGUUAAGUCCAACAUGCCCCGUCAAACAAACUUUUAGCACCUUUCUCAACAAUAGUUCUUUAUAGUGUAUUCAUUGAUAGCAAUUGAUAAUGCACACAAUUUUUAUGAAAGUUUCAGUUAUGUUGCAGAUUUAUUUGUAGUGCAUCCAAGUACAAUUCUGUUCCAAGGGCAUGACCAUUAUAGUAAUGUAAACGAUCAUGCCAGGUGGCUUUUCUACUUAAAGGUGUAAUUAGCCUUUUUACAGCACAGCUACUUUUACUCAUGUAUACAUGAUGCCUUUAAAAACACUACUGGUAAAGGAACAACUAUUUUGGAUAUCACCUUAUUUACCAUCUGCCUCGGAGUUACCCUUACAAAAAAAUAACUGCACUACUUCCAAGUGUUUUUUGGAGGAAUUAUCUGCAUUUCUUAUGCAGGAAAUGCAAUAUUUUGGAUAUGAAAAUAUUAUUGUACUGCAGUUUUUUUUUUUUUAAGGGUAGAUAUGAGGAUACAUACCCAUCUGUUCUCUGUGUACAGUAACCCUGUCUGACACCUUAGCUUAGCGUAAUUCAGUAGCAAUGGGUUAGACCAGCUGGCCUGUUGCUCAAAUGGAGCUAGAGGCUAACUUCUAGGCUUAGCGUAAUGCAGUAGCAGUGGGUUAGACCAGCUAGCCUGUUGCUCAAAUGGAGCUAGAGGCUAACUUCUAGUGAACUAUACUAAGGAGGCUAAUGGUAUCAGACUGGGUCAUUGUUGCAUGAUGCAUAACAUGAGAUGGGUACGUAUACUUACAUCCAACUCUGGAACAGAGGGCAAAAAAAGUUAAUUUCCCAAAUAGUCGGUGUGUCCCUUUAAAGGAAACAGAAAUGUGGACCUCGAUUAUGUAGCCGCUAUUGUUUGGCCUUCAAUAGGCUGGGGAAACUAACACAUAGUAGCAAAGGACAGCAGCUAGAAGGCUAACGUGAAGUAGCUGGCAGUCACUGUGAACCUUAGCAAACGCUUGCUUACUGCCUUAACCUCAUGCUGUGAAUGCAUACAAAUUAAUACCAAUAUUUUGAGAACACAAAUAAUGACACCACUGUAAACACUUUAAUAAAGUUUAUUUGUAAUAGUUAAAAAA